UCUCCCUCUCUCUGGGCACCUGCGACCGGUCUUCCAUUGAAAUCUACGCGACAACGACGGCGGCGACUCGACUUCAGUGCGUUUUCAAUGACGCAAGUGGUCGCGGCCACCGCUCGCCGUUGUGGAUGACCCAGAAUUUGGCCCAAGGAGAAGCGCACUUAGCGGCACCGUCUCUCGGAGCUGCUGCACCGGACUCCGCGGCGGACCCCUAAAAGUUACCGCCGAUCGCCCAGCGGUGGUGCUUACGCAACUGCGACUGUGCGCGGCCCAGCCCCAUCGUGCGAAGCUUGGUCGCGUUGGAUAUUUGUACGGAAACGCAGCGGAUUUCAAACACCGCCUUUGCACAGCAGCAACGGAUCAGCGCUCUCCGCCGAUCAGGUCGCGGCAGCCGUUGACGGCACUGCAGAGCUGCAUGUAGCACGGACGCCGACGACUGUGAAUCUUUCGUCGAGCGCGCCCACUGUGCGGCAGUAUAGCCACGUAACUCCAAGUGUCACCGCACGCCACCGAUCCGGAUGCAUCAGGCGGCCGCUGUCGCGCCGUCCCGGCCCGUGACAGGGACGAUGUCUCCGUGAAGUGUCGACGACCAAAGGCCUUCCCGAGGACAUCCCCGCGCCUGCCUCUCUUCAUCGCCGUGUGUGUGGCGCGGUCAGACGCCGCGUUGGGAGUUUGGCGACGCCAUGGCCCUCAACAUCGGCAUCCUCCCCCACCUGCUGGGCGCCGCGGCCAACAACCUGAACAACAACAACAACUUCAACAACAACAACGGCCUCUCGCGCAACGCCGGCGGCGGUAGCAGCAACAACAGCGGCGGCGGCAACCCGAUGAACAGUGUCCGGGACAGGCUGUUCCACGCCCUGUUUGUGCGAGUGGCGCUCGCGUACGCGAGCGCAGUGCCCCCUUCUGUGCGGACUUUGUUCGAGUACAUUACUCUGCUUAAGGCUCUUCUAUCAUUUUUCAUCCUGGCUUACAUCCACGCCGCCUUCAUCCGGACGCCCAUCAACUGCCUAGAGCACGUCUGCCAUCAGUGGCCGCAGGACGGCAUCCUGAGGAUCGAAAUUCUUCACGACUCGGCCUCGUCUUCCGAACCAUACACCGUGGAGCAGUCUUACCUCAAAGAGCAGCGGCUACAGCGACUGGGGCAGUUGCCUGCGCAGCCCCAAGUGCGAACGUCGAGCAGCGGGCGCAGAGAAAGUAAUUUCGGACCCCGCCGCUCGCCGACGUCUCAAACUCUACGUCGGGGGGCGAUCAGGUGGCCGAAAGGUUGGCGAACCCUGGUUCAGGUGGCCAGGACACAGCAGGCGACUCUACCGAUGUGUCAGGAGAUGGACGAAACCUUGCCACUGCUGGGCAGUGGCCGCCACCUGAAAGGCGUGAAAGGUGGGGGUUCGCAGUUUGUCUACCACGACGCGGUGUCAAACGAAAGCCAGGACAUGCUGCUGAAUGUUGAUGGAAAUGGGUACCCCCAGCCACUCCAGGAGCCUGUGUCUGAGCUUGAGAUGCUAGCCAGAGCUGUGUGGCCUCAGGAUGAGUACAUAGUUGAGUACUCCCUGGAGUACGGACUCCUCAGGCUCAGCCCAGCAACCCGCCAGAAGCUGAACAUCUCCGUCAAGAUUGUCACGCUUGAUCCAGCCAAGGAUGGCUGUUUUGGUGACUGGUUCAGCCGGCUUCUUCUGGAUGGCUUUCUGGGCUACGACGACGUUCUCAUGGCGAGUCUGAAGAACCUUGCUGAGCGAGAGGAAAACAAAGGCUAUGUGAGAAAUGUGGUCACGGGCGAGCACUACCGGUUCAUCAGCAUGUGGACCAGCCGGACAUCUUACAUCGCAGCUGCUUUCAUCAUGCUCGUCUUUACGCUGUCAAUCUCAAUGCUGCUCCGUUACUCCCACCACCAGAUAUUUGUCUUCAUUGUUGAACUGCUGCACAUGCUGGAGUUCAACUCGACGAUCAACUUCCCGGCCGGGCCUCUGCUGACGGUCAUCCUGGCGUUGGUUGGCAUGGAGACGAUCAUGUCCGAGUUCUUCAACGACACGACGACCGCCUUCUACAUCAUCCUGAUCGUGUGGGUCGCCGACCAGUACGACGCCAUCUGCUGCCACACCGCCAUCACCAAGAGGCACUGGCUCAGGUUCUUCUACCUGUACCACUUUGCGUUUUAUGCAUACGACUACCGCUUCAACGGACAGUAUAGUGGAUUGGCCCUGCUGACCUCCUGGUUCUUCAUACAGCACUCGAUGAUCUACUUCUUCCACCACUACGAGCUGCCGUCGAUCCUUCAGCGCUCGGGCCUUGAACAAGGCGAGCCAGCCCGCACCGGCGCCACGAACGGAGCGACCAGCACGGAGCCAUCUGCCGCCGCAGGAGUCAACGGGGGCCCGGUCAGCGGUGCUGGCAGCACGCAAAGCUCAGCGACCGCAUCUGCAUUGCAGCAGCAGAACCAACGCGCCAACGGCGUGAGCGGGCCAUUCCACUCGACGACCGUCCGAUUGAACGGCCACGGCGGCAUCGCCAUCCAGCAGCCGGGCGACGCUCCGCGCGUCGCCUUCAUCCGGACCGUAUACAUCGGCAACCUGUUGAACGCGGCCACGCUGGGGGCCGCGGCUACCGCGUCGCAAUCACCGAACCAACAGCAGCAGCAACAGCAGUCACAGUCACAGCAGCAGUCCCAGUCCCAGCAACCGCAAACACAGCAGUUGCCGAACGACGGCUCGAGGAAUGGUGUCGAGGAGGCCAACACAAGGAAUGGCGACGGGGAUGUCGCGCUCGUUCCGAGUGGUCUCACCGAUGGCGGUGCGCAGGUGAUCCAGACGUCCGACGACACGUCAGAAAACUCGCCCAAGCUGGCGAUUGUCGGCGACAGUGUGUCCAAGGAGCGCAAGGAGUCAACGUCUUCGUCUUGUGAAGACCUCAAGGGAGAAGGGGAUGCGGUGUCUCAGAAUGAUAAGACGCCCGGGCCAGAACCGGAUCCGGAACCUGCUCUUCCUGAUGGCCAAAAUAGUGCACCCAGCUCGGAAGACCCCCCAGCGUAGUGCCCGGUGGUAGCGGUCAUUGUCAUUUUUUUUCUACCUUUUUUUUUUCAAUCUGUUUUGUUGUGCAGGAAGUGGACCACUAAAAUAUCGCCAGCCCUGUGGGCUCAUGUGACGCACCGGGUCAAGUUAGUCUAGAGUAAAGCAUCAUGUUAGACCUAGGUGCAAAGUCCAUGUCGAUGUGCUCUAGCGAAAUGAAAUUUUGUCAACAGCAGUUGUAGCUUUGUGUUCUGUCUUCGUUUGGUUUGCUCAGCUCUUGGCACGUGGACUCUGUUCAACGAGGAACUUCUGCUGGCACCUGUGAGCAAUUGUGACGACACUGAUGAGAGCAAGUGCAAACUGUGGAGAUACUGAACAGUGACGUGUCGAUGCUUUGCGGUGUCCCUGUCCCCAGAAUGGUGCACACUGCUGCCCGCUUCGGCUGCCAAACUGUGAAUCCCUGUUGUGGCGCUAAUGUUGAGCACUUCAGAGACCAGUGCUGCUGUUUUGUACUGGCCGAGGUGUGCGACACCACUUAACCAGUCAUAGGCCGUACACUGUUGUACAAAGCUGAAGAAAUGCCAACGCUAUAGUGGGGGCUGUGACUGACGUAGUAGGGGGCAGAAACUGAUGACGGUCCUGGGCCUUAAGUUUGAGGCCUCAGUUGAGAUCCAAUGCUAUAGGUAUAUCUAUCGUGGUGUAUAAAAGUGCUGGUAUUGCCCUACGUCACUUCAUUUUUGUUUUGCAAGGACUGCAAUGCGCUUGUAGGAAUCAAGACUGCGUGAAAAUGUGUGCUGCCAUGACUGCGUGCCUUUUUUUUUUUGUCAUGGCAGUGCAGCCGCAGCAAGUGUAAAGAAAAAAAGAGGUUUGAGCUUAGCUGUUUUCUUUCUGAUCUUUCACAUUGCUUUAAUAUUCUGGUCGAGCGAACAUUUAUGUUACUAUAAAGAUAGCUUGCAAUGACACACCUUCAGUGCCAUUUAAUUGCUCUAAUGGCUACUUAAAUAACUUAUUGUCCACAAGUUCUAUGCCAUGUUCUGAAUGCAAGGCACUCCUAGUACGCGUUGCUUAGGGCUUUAUGAGAGCGGUUAGUAAUCUUCUACUUAGGGUUUCAGAUGCGAUAAAUAUAAGAAAAAGGAGGGCAGUGGGGUUCCAGCAACUGUGUCACUCUGUUAAUGCUUACUUUGAAAGUGCUUUUUUUUUCGAAACUUGGCCCAAUGGCAUAAACAAUUGAUUGUACAAAUGUAGGUCGAUUUCGGUGAUGUACAUCAGUAGUGCUCGAUGGUUGGUCCCAUGGAACCGAGAACCAUAAUCCGGUGGUCUUGUGAGAUGAAGGCCCACUGUUUGCAGGCAGCGCCAUCGGAUCUGUUUUAGGCCAGGGCAUGUGCACAAUAGAUUUUUGAUUCACAUGACGAGGUUCAUCCCUCCUGUGUGGCCGUAAGAAAAUUUAAUCUUAAGUUGUGUGGCAUUGGGUGAGUUGUUUUUUGGUGACUUUGCCUCGUGUGUAUUUAUGAUCGCCGUGAAUUGACACACCUUUCACCUUGCUGCUCCACUUGCAAGCGUUCAGUCAAAAACACGCAUUCUUGUGUUUAUUAUUGUUUUUUUUUCUGGGCGGCGUGGCUUUAGUCCCCUUCGCUGUUCUCGCCUCCGAGUUUGUUGCGAAAAUAAAAAAAAGGAAGCUACUAC